GAGAGAAGUUUCACACUUAACUAGUAACUAGUUAACUCAGCCCCCAAAAUAGGUUGAGAAGUUUCACAUUUGGAAUGGACUCAGUCUCUCUCUUCUGCACCGGAGCUCUCCUUGCCGGCGGCCUCUACUGGUUCGUCUGCAUUCUUGGCCCAGCCGAACAAAAGGGCAAACGCGCGACCGAUCUGUCCGGAGGCUCGAUCUCCGCCGAAAAAGUCCAAGACAACUACAAGCAGUACUGGUCCUUCUUCCGCCGCCCCAAGGAGAUCGAAACCGCCGAGAAAGUCCCCGACUUCGUCGACACUUUCUACAAUUUAGUAACCGAUAUUUACGAGUGGGGUUGGGGCCAGUCCUUCCACUUCUCUCCCUCCAUCCCCGGGAAGUCCCACCGCGAUGCCACGCGCCUCCACGAAGAGAUGGCCGUGGAUCUCAUCGAAGUCAAAUCUGGCGAUAGAAUCCUAGACGUAGGAUGCGGUGUCGGUGGUCCCAUGCGUGCCAUCGCCGCUCACUCGCGCGCCAACGUUGUUGGCAUCACAAUCAACGAGUACCAGGUGAAUCGAGCCAGGUUGCACAACAAGAAGGCAGGGCUUGACUCCCUAUGCGAGGUGGUUUGCGGCAAUUUCCUCCAGAUGCCGUUCCCCGAUAACAGUUUCGACGGCGCGUACUCAAUCGAGGCAACGUGUCACGCGCCGAAGCUGGAGGAAGUGUACGCGGAAAUCUUUCGGGUUCUGAAGCCAGGGUCUCUGUAUCUUUCAUACGAGUGGGUCACAACGGACAAGUAUAGAGGCGAUAACCCUGAACAUGUGGAUAUUAUUCAAGGGAUUGAGAGAGGCGAUGCUUUGCCUGGGCUCAGGAGCUACGCUGAUAUAGCCGAGACGGCUCGUAAGGUGGGGUUCGAGGUGGUGAAGGAGCGGGAUCUGGCGAAGCCACCGGCUGAGCCUUGGUGGAGUCGGUUGAAGAUGGGUAGGAUCGCCUACUGGCGGAACCACAUUGUGGUCACUGUUCUGGCAACUUUGGGAAUAGCACCCAAAGGUACGGUGGAUGUUCAUGAGAUGCUAUUCAAAACCGCUGACUAUUUGACCAGAGGGGGUGACACUGGAAUUUUCUCUCCGAUGCACAUGAUCCUCUGCAGAAAACCCGAAGACAGACACAAUUGAGGUGUAGGUGUACCCUAAAAACUCCCACCAUGAUUCCGGUAUUUCCGCCCCAAUCUCAUUUUGUUUUUGUUUUUUUAUUAUUUAUAAUUUUCAUUUUCAUUUUGGAUUUAACUUAUUAUUAUUAUUAUUACUAUGAACUUGAUGUACUUCGAUUGUCGAGAUUUUUAAUUCAGUUUUUAUUUCAAUUUUCCUCUGCUGGGCCAGUCGCCAUUGAUUAUUCGUUGAG